UCAAAAAUUGGAUCGUUGGUCUUCUCGCAUUUUCACGUGGGACAGGUGCUACCUGGGACAGUUGACAAUGGCCGCCAGUCACUCAAAUAAGGGCCUGUUAAUUAUUUUGACAAUUUCUUGUGUUUGUGGAUUUAAUAUUGACACUAAGAUACCUUUUAUACGCACAGGACCUGCAAACAGUUAUUUUGGAUUUUCUAUUGCAGAGCAUAUGAUCACAAACUCGGCUGGUGACAUUGUCGAGAAAGUGUUAUUAGUUGGUUCCCCAAAGUUAUCACGACCUGGUGAUAGACACAAUAAGACUGGAGGUUUAUAUAAAUGUUCAUUUAAUUCUUGGUGUCCAGAAAGUUGUGCCAUACAGUUACAGGCAGAAUCUGAUGACAUAACUAGUAUUGAUGGAACUAGAAGUGACCAAUGGUUUGGGUCGGUGGUGAGAAGUAGUGGUAAAGGUGGAUAUGUUGUGGUCUGUGCCCAUAGGUAUACUAUUAACUAUAGUGGUGUGGGAAAAUGUAUAGCCUUGCGGGAAAGUUUAACAUUUCACAAACUGGUAACACCAUGUGCGGAUGACCGAGACCAACACAAGGGAACAUCAUAUUGUCAGGCAGGGACAUCAGCUGAUAUCAACAUGGAUGGUACAGUAGUCCUUGGAGGUCCAGGUGUAGGAGAUUGGACAGGUGGUGUGUUUACAUUACUUGUGAAGCGACAACUUGGAGUCUCCCUUAUUUAUUACAACUCACCAUGGAGAGCAAAGGAGCCAGGCAGAAAGCCAGCACCAGUAGAUUUACAUUCAUAUAUGGGUUACUCAGUGACAUCAGGCCACUAUCACUCGACUAACCCAAAUGACAUGAUGUAUGUGGGUGGAGCUCCACAUGCAAAUGGAGUGGGUCGGGUAGUAUUGUUUUACCAAGAGACAGGAGGUUAUUUGAAGUAUAGAGACAAUCAGAUUAUUGAGGGUGAAGAGCAGUUUUCUCUGUUUGGUUUUGAAUUAGCUACUGUGGAUUUUAAUAAUGAUGGAUAUGAUGACCUGAUUGUAGGAAGUCCAUUACAUUACGAGAAAUCAAGAGCAGGUGGUGCCAUAUAUGUUUACAUGGGUAAAGCUGGAGGGAUAACAAGUGGUAGUAAACCUGUGAGGAUAACCAAUGAGAAGGAAUCUGAAGAAGAAUGUGCUAUGACAACAUGUACAGAAUCUCGUUUUGGUUUCUCUCUAUCACCUGCUGGAGAUAUCAAUUUAGAUGGAUAUCAAGAUUUGGUUGUUGGUGCACCAUAUGAAGAGAAUGGAAAAGGAGCAAUCUAUUUAUUCCAUGGAUCAGCAGAUGGUAUUGUAAAGAAGUAUGCACAAAGAAUAUCUGGAAAAGAGAUAGACCCAACCAUCAAGACAUUUGGACAUGCACUUAGUGGUCAGAUGGAUUUAGAUGGGAAUGGUUAUGAUGAUGUAGCAGUUGGAUCAUACCAUAAUGAUACAACCUAUCUGUUACGAACAAGACCAAUUGUACAUCUGUCAGCAAGUCUUAAAGUCUUACCUGCCAAAUUUAAUCUGAGUCAGCCUCCAGAUUGUGUUAUUCCUGGUGAAGAAAUAAAGAAGUAUUGUAUUGACCUGAAACUCUGUAUGUCAUUUACUGCCAAACCACUUAACAGUUUUAAUACUCCUCAGUCCAUACUUUACACAAUUGAGAUUGAGAAGGGUGUGAGUAAAAAGCGAGCAUUAUUUGUGAAUCCAGGUGGAACAAUAAAAAAGAGUUUAACCAAUUUAAAUCAACAAGGGGUGGAAGUGUGUACUACAGAGAAAAUUAAAUUAAUUUCUAGCUUCAAUGAUAAAUUGACACCAAUAUCAUUUACAGUGGACUAUAACUUGUUAGAUAUUCCAUACCCUGAACCUAGUCAAUGCCUCAGCAGUGGAGUACCUGAUAUCAAUAAGUAUCCUGUACUUGUCACAGGGAUGGAUCAGUCCACAACUCUGCUGACAAAGGUGAAUUUCUCCAGAGAAUGUGGGGCAAAUGACAUAUGUGAAAGUAACAUACAAAUGACAACUGAUUUAUUGAAUUUAACUUUGCCAAGAGAUGAUGAUGGAACUAUAGUACUGAGUAAUGGCGAAGACCAAGUAGUGAUUGUUGAUGUAAAAUUAGACAACAAGGGAGAACCAGCUUAUGAAACCAAAUUAUAUGUUACAGUACCUUCUGCAUUUGAAUGGAACCAACUUGACGUCAUUUAUCCUCCUAACCAUAUACCAGUAAGAGAAAACCCCACUACAACAUUAGUAACGAUAUCUGAGAUUGGUAAUCCAUUUGGUAACCAGGCUAAAACAACAAACUUGAGACAUUACAGACUGAGAUUUUUACCAAUGAAAGGAAUAGACAAGUCAUUUAAAAUUACUGUUCAGGUUAACACAACAAGUCAGGAACAGACUAUUGCUGGAGAUCUUCAAGAAUUUAAAGUUAGAGUUAUAAAUAGAGCAGAUGUAGAAUUACAGAGUUCUGCAGCACCCGAUGGUGAUGUGUUUUACAGAGGACCGGUACGUGGUGUCAGCUCUAUGAAAACAGAAGCUGAUAUUGGACCUGCUAUAAACCAUACAUAUACAGUUGUAAAUCAUGGUCCAGGUACAAUUGGUGGAGCUACACUCAAGAUAUCCUGGCCAUUUGAACUGAAGACUGAAUAUCCAGAGGGAAAACAAUUGUUGUAUCUAAUGCAGGAUCCUGUGGUGAUUGGAGGCAAGGCUGAGUGCCGAAGUUUUCCAACAUUUGUUAACUCAUUAGGUAUAAAGGAAGAUCCAAAUCUGUUUAUAAGACCGAAGAAUCCAAUAACCAGUGUGGGCACAAAAACUGAGGAAUCAGGACCAAAGUACAACGUCAUAGAUACAAGUAGAAGGAAGAGAGAAACAGUAACCUCUACAGAUAAACCACGAGAGAUUAGAAAGCAAGAAAUUGUUUCUAAAAACAUCGUUAGAUUGAACUGUGGUGACACUGUUAAUUGUAGAGUGAUGACAUGUAGAAUAUCAAAUUUAGCUAAAGGAGAACGAACAACAGUUCUGUUAAGAGCAAGACUUUGGGAAUCAACUUUAGUACAGGAUUAUCCAUCAGUAGACGAAGUAUGGGUAGCAUCAACAGGCGAGGUUAUAUUAGAUACAAAUCUAAAUAUAGAACAAAAUACAGCUGAUGAUGUAGCCCAGGCAAUAACCUAUUCAAUACCUGAUUUGAAAGAGAGAAUUUCUGAUGAACUACAAUGGUGGAUUAUACUGGUAGCUGUGUUAGCAGGGCUGCUUGUUCUUAUUAUCUUUAUACUUAUAUUAUGGAAGUGUGGUUUCUUCAAGAGAUUACGUCCAGAAGGAUAUGAACCAACAUAUAAAGGAGAUCUGAAGAAAAAACACUAUGAAACAAACGAUGCUGCUUACUCAUAGCCAAAAUAUAAAUUAGAACUGUUACAUCAAAUACCAGAAUUGUAGUGUCUUUGUAUAAAACCAGUGCUUCCAUUUCUUCAUUAUCAAUGGUAUCUCAAUUACAGUGAUUUAGAUGAAAGGUUGAAUUUUAUGAGUUUUAAACCCUAGUAUAUAUAUAUAUAUAUAUAUAUGAGUGACGAUUUUACCUGGCCUUUUUAAAAACAGUUAUGUGAAUGUUCAUGACAACUGAACAAUUAAACUGAGUUUUAGUGUAUUGUUAUGUAAUUCAUGUGAAAAUAUUUUUAUUUCACAUGAAACAAAACCACCUAUGAAAAAAAAACCUAUUUAAUUGUAAGAAUAAUAUGUUAUUUACUCGAUGUAAAGUGUUCAUAUUCAUAUAACAUUUAUUGAAUUAUACUGUAAAGUGUUCAUCUUCGUGUCAUUUUGUAUACUGUUGACCAAAGAGUGAUUAUUGGACCAUUGUGUUGCAUGACAAGUUUUUAUACAUUUUACCUUGUAUGAAUGUAACACCAUUUUUGUAUAUUAAACAUUUCAGUAUGUUUUGAUUUAAAAUCCUUGGUUAAAUUUACUAGCAUGAAAGAUACAGGACUAUUGGGAUUAGCAAAAGAAAAUGUUGAAUGUCAAAAUGUAACAUAUUUUCUUCCCUUUAUCCAUUUGAAAUCAAUAGGUUUGUUAAGAUUCCAUUUAGUAUGCAGAGUUACAUUAGAAAACAAUUGUAUCCUUUACUUCAAUACAUGUUUGUAUGAAUUAUAUAACUUUAUACCUCUGUAUAUAGUGACAUUCCAAAUAUCAUAUAAAAUGAAACAUUGAUGAUUAGUGCUUUAUUUUUAUUAUGGAUUUUAUAUUUUCCUCUCUUAUUUUCCAUUGGUAAUGAUAAUGAUCUCUGUUCACAUAUUUUAUAUCUCUUUUCAUGCAUAUCUUAAUUUUAUUGGUCAUCUAAAAUAUAUUCCAAAGAAUUAUUCCAAUAAACUGUAAAAAAUAAAAGAAAAAGGUACAUUAAUCUAAAUGUUUUCAGUCAAAGGUCAAGUCAUGGUAUUGAAAGUGACCUUUAAAAGCCUGGAGUUUGUUUUUAAAAAAUAACAACUUACGACUAAGAUUGAUCUUAAGAAUACUGAAUUGUUCAUGACUUAGGAGCAAUCAUAGUCGUUUGCUUUUUUGUGAAACCCAUUCCUGAUGUUCUGAAUGUUGAUAUAUAUUAAGCAGAAAUAUAUUCAAAUAUGCCAACACAAUCUGGAACAAACUGAGUGAUGAAUAUAGACAAUUGUAUUUAUACAUGUUAUUAAAAAACCUAUUAGGUAACUUGUCAAUGUACAGAUGCAAAAUGAAAAUAAGCUUGUUAUCUAAUGCUAGCUUGUUAUCUAAUGCUAUCUUGCUUGCAGGGGUGUCCUGAUUUUGUGAUAAUACUAUUACAUUUUAUAUCUACAAUACUAAGUUGUGAUAAAACAGUGCUCAAGAUUUCACCUGCAUUUGAUUAUAUAGAAAUGUAGUAAAAUAUAGGUAUUUUCAAUUCCUUUUGAAUAUUUUGUAUGAACUUUUUUCAUUCCUUUUAGAAAAAACUUUAUGUAUGUAUUUGUGAUGUGCCUCAUCAAAACUUACUUUAUUUGCUAUGUGUAUCAUCAUAAAACAUCCUUUUGUUAUAGAAUUUAUAUAUACAUAGUAUACAAUCCAUCCUACACAAUUCCUCUCACAUACAAAACCAAUGUAUUCUUAUUUGUGUGUUUGUGUAUAUUUUUUAGUUGUAUGACAAUUUUAUGGAAGUACAUGUUUUGAAUAAGUUAAGAAAACCAUUUUGCAUUUCUGAAACAGCUGAUCUCAAUUAUUGUAACUAUUUCCUAAUAAUCAGAUUUAGCUGAUUAAAAAUGAUUUUCUUAUUUGCUUGAUUCUUUCCUAUUCAAUUGAUGUAGUAUUAAUAUACAAGAUAUUUGAUUUAAAAAUUGAAAACAAAUUUUAGUUAACAAAUUGAAUGAACUUAUCAAGGAGUCUUCCUUUCUUUUUUAAAAAGUAAAUUGUGUAUGGAUUGUAUGUUAUAUAUUUGUGUGUCUAAGGCCAUCAAGGCCAUGCUUGGUUGUAUGUUAGUGUGUUAAGGCUUUAAGUUGCCAUGCUUAAGCCAACUUGAGAUAAGCUUCUCCACAUGUUUAGGCUUUAUGUCGCAAGCUUUCACCAGCCCACCUGUAUUUAUUACACUUAUUUAUUGUAGGUAGUGCCUUUAUUGACACUGUAUAUAUUAGUUGCACCAACUAUACUCUUCAACAAGUAGUUUCUAUUUAGAUGAAAGUAAAAAUUUGAUAAACUUAACCAACAUUAGAUUUUUUUCUGGUAGAAAAUGACCCCCCUGAUAUAAGUUUGUAGAAAAUACAUUGCAUCUUAUCUACAUAAAAUAUAAUACAUUUAUCUUAUUUUGAUGCCAGUGAAAUAAAAUUCUGUCAAUAUGUCAAAGGUUUUAUCAAAUUAAUGUUGCUAAAAAUUACAAUCAGACUAACUACUUGUUGACAAGUAUAUAUAUAAUGUAUUAUUUUUUAUACUGCUUGAGAUAUGCAUCUCCACAUUGCUUUAUUUUCCUUACUGGUCUCCCAGGUGUGACUUUAUUCUUAUUUUGUACAUUUAUAUAUUUAAUUUAUAAAGUGUUUCUUCUUUAUAAUUUUAAGCUAAGAAAAACAUAAUAGAUAAUGAAUUAUUUGGUUUGACUUAUGAAACAGUAUGUUAGAUUGAAUUUGUAAGAUCUCUAAAAGAAAGUUUGCCUAAUAAAUGUGCAUGUUUAUGUACUGGUUGCAAUGGGAGACCAGCAUCACUAUGCUUUUCUGUGUUAUGUCUUUGUAUCUCUGCAUUUUUGUAUAUAUAUUUAAGUGUAUAUAUUUAGUUAGCAACAUAAAGGAAAUAGAAAAUUAAAGUUAUGAUUUCUAGAGAAAAGAAUAGAUUUGAAAUAUUAGAUUAUGCAGAUGGUGUUUCUUAUUCUAAAUGAUCUGAAAUGAAACAUGUUCUUAAUUUUUUUUUAAAGAAUGGUGAUGAUGCUGAUGUUGUUUUGGAUCAGUCUUAUAAUUCAAAAGGAUGGUAGAGAUUUAGCUCUUGAAUGUGUUAUCCUGUCUUUUUAUGAAAUUUGAAUAUCAGUCAUUAAUAUGUUGUGAGUUGCCAAGUAUAUAAUAAAACUAUUAGUCUCUUUAUUCUGCCAUAAGUGAUAUUUUUAACAAAACAGUAACUGUUACAGCCUUUCUUAUCAAAUUUUAGAUACUUUUUAUUUUAGAGCCAAAUUAGGCUUUUACUGCCCCUUGUCUUUUGAUAUAUGUAAUAUAUUACCAUUGGUUAAAAUGACUUUUUAAAAUUCAAAAUUAAUUACUUUGAGAUUUGUAAUCUUGUUUUGAUCUUUGAGUUCAAAGUGUUGAGUGAAUAAAUUGUACCAUUAUCACGUAUUUAUCAAUGAACAGUUACACCAAGUAUAAGAAUCCAUCAUUUGUAUAUUUCAUUUUGUAUACCUGUAUAUACAUGUUUAUAUAUUUCAUCAUAAUCCAGUGAUAUUAUUAUGCCAAAUAUUGUAUAUAACUAAGAAUUAUGAAGUGUAAUUUAUGAUUUUCCUGUAUGAAUUUAAGUUUUUCUUUUGCUUUUUAAUUUUGUUUGUUGAUACUUUUUUAAGAGUUUAUCGUAUAUUGGUUGUGAAAAACUAUCCUUGUAUGUGCUUAUAAAGCAAUGUCUGUGUACUCAUAAGCAAUCCAUAAUGCCAGUAUUUAUUACAUUUUGUUUCUGCUUUUCCAGGUUAUAAAGUUAUUUAGUGUGAUUUUUUUUAAACUAAGAAUAGAUAUUAACCUGCAUUAUAAGAAACAUUGUGAUUUUUUUUAAUUUUUAAAUUGUAUCAUAUUUGUGUCUCAAUUUUGAACAUUUAGUAACCAAUGAUAUUAUUUUGAUUUUUUUUUUUUACUUAAUAUAAAUUGACCCUCAAAAUUAGAUGUAUUGUAGAUUUUUUUUUAUAACUAAAUUCUAUAUCUGUGAAUCAAAGAUUAUUUAGAGCAUUUUAUUAAAAUCAACAGGAAUUUCAUGCUUAGUGCCUUAUAAUGUUACAAUGAACUUGUAAAUAUCUACAUAUUUCUACUCCAACCUUGAAUCUUUUAAUACCUAUUUAAAGUUAUGAGGACAUCUGACAUGUUUUUUUCAAUAAUUGGAUUUUAAUUACCAGGCUAUUGUCUGGAUCUUGGAUAUUUUAUUAGUGUUUCUUUUAGUUAUAAUAAAUAAAAUGCUUAUCAAAGAAAAGAAAAAAAAUGAUCAAGGUAUAUAUUUUAAUUGUGCUAUGCUGGCUUCAUAUUAUAUUAAUCAUUCCAUUUAUAUGUCAUUUUAUUGUUCUUAAUAUCAACCAUUAUAUAGGAACAAUAAAAUAUAACCAAUUA